AUGUUCCACAAUUUUGAAAGUCAACGUCCGCUGCCGAAGCGUCGCAAGGUCAGCCGCGCCUGUGACUUCUGUCGAGCCCAGCGCGUGCGAUGUGACGCUUUCACUCCGUGCUCGCAAUGCGUGGCAAACAAAGUCUCCUGCAGUCGCCUUCAAUCUUCCGAGAGGCCUUCAGGAGAAGACUCCUUUUCGCAUCAGGCGGGUCCAGUCCCUGACAGGGCUGAUGACGGUGGAGCCCAGGCCUUGACGACACCCCAGGAGACGCCCGUCCCCGGCCACGAGGAUGGCAAAGCAGCCCGAGAUGACGCCGCACUGAACAGUCGGCUGGAAUCAAUGCUCGGAUUCAUCUCGCGUCUGAAUAACUUCUGCUCGGGAAUGUCGCAGCUCUCGCAGACGUCACCUACAGAUGAUCCCCCGCCAGCCUACACUUCGCCGUUUGGCUCGGAGAUCCUGGCAGGUGCGAAUCCGACGGAAUGCGACCUCUCCCCUGCACAGGUUGAGCGUCUUAUCCAAAUAUUCUGGGACCGCCUGCAUCCGAUGAUCCCUAUUAUCUGCUCCGAGGACUUGAAAACACAAUCCCCACUCCGGGAUGCGGUGACAGCGUACACAAUGCAGUACGUUUUCUACUCAGGUCUUCAUUCCCGACUCCUUGGGCUGCAAUGGAAGCAGUUUGCAAAAGGAAACCGAUGCUCCAGAGUCAUCGGCAUGGCAUACCUGCAACGUUGUCUCUCCAGCGCCACACAAUACUCCGUAUUCUCAGAGCCCUCCCUCCCCAUCCUGCAAUGCUACUGCAUCAUGACGCUCUACCUCCUCGACGCCGGCCAGCACCAAGCAGCGUAUAACAUGAUCGGCCUAGCCGUUCGAAUGGCCCGAUCCCUGAACUUCGACAGCGAUGCCCCCGUCGGCGUCUCCCCAGACGAAAUGGACCUCACAUCUCGCAUCUGGUGGACCCUCGUGCACCUCGACUUUCGAUGCUCCAGACACCUCGGGAAGCCAUUCAGCGCCCAACUCCCCGUAAUCCGAUCCACGCCCCCAUGCCGUCUCUCAGACAGUCCACCCGGCUCAGACUACUUCCCAUAUCACACCCAAUCCAUCCAACUCACCUACCUCGCCCUGGGCGUCAUCGAGUCCGUCGCCCGCGACAAAGACCCCCACCGACGCUACGACGUAGAAGCCCAAGCCCAAGCCCUGACCCGACAUCUCGGCCGGCUCGAUAAAUGGCGCACCGCACUCCGCCAACACUCCUGGUUCCAGCACCUCUGUCUCGACGUGCCUGAAAUGCCACAGUUCCCUGGCCCUGGCCCCGUCCCAGACCCCAACACCACCACCACAACAACCUACAUGACCCAACCCCCCCUCCAACACCAACUCUCCACUCUCCUCUCCCUCCAAUACCACGACAUCAUCAUCAGCCUCCACCGCGUCUUCAUCCAAUUCCCCACCCAACCACUCAUCCCACGCAGCAGCCCCCAAGCGGAAGCGCACGCCGCCACAGCCCUCAAACACGGCCUCGCGAUCAUCGAAACCGUGCACCGCUGCAUGUCCAACACAGACCUCUUCUUCGGCUCCUGCGAACUCUACCAGUACCAGUGGAACGCGGCCCUCACGCUGAUGGGCUUCAUGCUGGCGUAUCCCUUCUGCUAUCGUUGUCCUACUGCCCGGGGAUAUAUUGAUCUCGCGCUGGAGACGUUUGAGUUCGCGGGGCCGAAGAAUGAUGUCGCGAUGAGGGCGGCGUGCUUGACGAGGCAUUUGCGUGCGAAGGUUGAUAAGUUGAUGAUGAUUUUGAAUAUUGAUCAUGGGAAGGGGACGGGUGGGAAGGAGGAUGUUCCUGUGGCGCAGGUUGGGGGUAAUGAGGUGGUGGUGGAGAGUACGGGGUUGACGCCGGAUUUAGGGGAUGGGAAUGCGCUUUGGUCGUGGGUGGAUUUGAUUGAUCCGGCGGCUUGGCCGAGUUAUUGUGAUGAGGUUAAUGAGGCGUUUACGGGGACUUCGGAUGCGGAUUCGUUUCAGAAUGCGUUUUAUACUUGA